AUGUCCUCCAAACUCGUGCCCGAGAACCCAGAAGAGGUAAUGGUAAUCCGCGAGAUCGCCCCCAAUGUCACAACGCUCUCCGUCCCCUUCCUGCGAUUCGGACGCAUAAAGUUCGGUGGACGAGCAACAGUCGUGAAACUCCACUCCGGUGCCCUCGCCGUCUUCUCCCCCGUCGCCCUCACCCCAACAGUCCGCAAAACCCUCGGCUCCUCCCCCGUCUCCUACCUCAUCGCCCCAGAUCUCGAGCACCACAUCUUCCUCUCCACCUGGUCGACCGCCUAUCCCACGGCACACAUAAUCGCGCCUGAGGGGCUCGCCGAAAAGCGCGCCAAGCAGUCCGCAUCCGACAAGUCGGUGACCAACGUCCCGAUCUCAACCAUCUUCACGGCGAAAGGGAAAGAAAGCAUUAAGGUCGGAGGAGAAUUCGACGAGGAGUUUGAAUACGAGUUCGUGGACGCACAUCCGAACAAGGAGCUGGUCUUCUUCCACAAGCCAUCGAAAACCCUGAUCGAGGCGGAUCUUCUGUUCAGCCUGCCUGCGAGAGAGCAAUACUCGAAGACGGGAAUCGAUCCGACGACGGGAUGGGCGACGCGGAUUUUUGGCGCGCUGCAGAAUACGAGGGGCGAGGCGCUUUGGCAGAAGAGAUUGCUGUGGUACGCGAUAAGUAGUGCGGAUAGGCCGGGGUUUAAUAAGAGUAUUCAGAGGAUUAAUACGUGGGGAUUCGAGAAUGUGGUGCCCUGUCAUGGGGAUAGUUUUGUGGGGGAUGGGAAGAGUGUUUUUGAGAAGGUGUUUGGGUGGCAUUUGGCGGGGAAGAAGUGA